AAUUGCGGUAGUAACUUUGCAGCAGAGCAGAAGUGUAUCUGUUCAGAAUGCCGCUGUGUGAACGGCCCGGGCUGUUCCGUGUCUUGUGCCUGUUCACCGUGUUUGAGGCGGGAUGUCUGCUGGACACCGGGAUGCUCUUCCCCCGGGAGUCUUCCUCCAGAGAAGUGAAGGAGCUGAACGGGCUGUGGGACUUCAGAGCCGACAGGUCCCCAAACAGGAACCUGGGCUUUGAGAAGGCUUGGUACAAGAGUCGGCUGUCUGAGACCGGCCCGGUGAUUGAGAUGCCAGUUCCUGCCAGCUACAAUGACAUCACACAGGACGCCUCACUGAGAGAUUUCAUUGGCUGGGUGUGGUAUGAGCGAGAGGUGGUGGUGCCCACUCGCUGGAUCACAGAUGAAGGAACCAGAGUGGUGAUCAGAGUGGGAAGUGCCCACUAUAACUCUGUGAUGUGGGUGAACGGGGUGAAAGUGACGGAGCAUAAAGGCGGCCAUCUUCCUUUUGAGGCUGAGAUAGGGAGUGUUAUCAGGAAAGACCCAACUCAGCCAUGCAGGAUCACCAUCGCAGUCAACAACACCCUGAGUCUGGACACUCUGCCUCCAGGAACCAUCCAGCACAUGGGCGACCGCACCAAGUAUCCUGAUGGUUUUUUUGUGCAAAACAUCUACUUUGAUUUCUUCAACUAUGCUGGCAUUCAUCGCUCUGUACUGCUGUACACGACCCCUAAGGCCUAUGUGGAUGACAUUACCGUGGUGACUGACUUCUUGGACAACACUGGUCUAGUCAAAUACAAGGUGUCGGUCCAAGGUGCAGCCGCAGCCACAGCCGCCCUGAAGGUCACUCUGAUAGACAAAGAUGGCCGCUGUGUGGCCUCCUCCAGCGAGCCAUCUGGAGUGCUCAAAGUCGUGGAUGUCAAGCUGUGGUGGCCGUAUUUGAUGCAUGAGAAUCCAGGCUACCUGUACUCUCUGGAGGUUCGCUUAAUGGCAGCUGAUGAGAGAUCAACAUAUGAGGAUGUGUACACUCUACCAGUCGGCAUCCGCACGGUCAACGUCACCAGCACACAGUUCCUCAUCAACAACAAGCCCUUCUACUUCCAUGGAGUCAAUAAGCAUGAGGACUCUGACAUUCGAGGUAAAGGCUUCGACUGGCCCCUGAUCGUCAAGGACUUUAACUUACUGAAGUGGUUGGGGGCGAACUCGUUCCGCACCAGUCACUACCCGUACGCUGAAGAGAUCCUGCAGAUGUGUGACCGCCACGGCAUUGUAGUGAUAGAUGAGUGCCCAGGGGUGGGCAUCAAAGACAUUCGCAGUUUUGGAAAUGCCUCCCUGGCCCAUCACCUAGACGUCAUGGACGAGCUCGUACGUCGGGACAAGAACCAUCCCUCUGUGGUGAUGUGGUCGGUAGCCAAUGAGCCGGCUGCAGAGAUGCCCCCUGCUGAAUUCUAUUUCAAGACGUUGAUAAAACACACCAGAGAUCUGGAUCCAACCAGGCCUGUCACUUACAUCACAGACAGUAACUAUGCCAGAGACAGAGGGGCUCCCUAUGUGGAUGUAAUCUGUGUGAACAGUUACUUCUCCUGGUACCAUGACCCAGGACACCUGGAGGUCAUCCCCAUCCAGCUCAACUCUCAGUUUGAGAACUGGUAUGGAAAGUACCAGAAACCCAUCAUCCAGAGCGAAUACGGAGCAGACGCAGUGCCUGGACUCCACAGUGAUCCACCUGUGAUGUUUUCUGAGGAAUACCAGAAGGUCGUGCUGCAGAGCUACCACAGCGUGUUGGACCAGAAGAGGAAGCAGUAUGUCAUUGGUGAACUCAUCUGGAACUUUGCUGACUUCUUGACUGCACAAGGGAUCACUCGUGUGGUGGGGAACAAGAAGGGUGUAUUCACCAGACAGCGGCAGCCCAAAGCAGCAGCAUUCAUCCUGAAGGAGAGAUACUGGAGACUGGCAAAUGAAACGAGGAGACUACCUCCGUGGACCAAGUACCCCUGCCCACUCUGACACCCGCAGGUUGGAGCGCCCAUCCCAGGACAGGCUUGAUCCCAUGUAAACAAACACUGUGCCUCAUGGAAAAAGGUUGUUAAUUUCUCGAGGCAGUUCAGCACAUUCUGAAAAAUUCCUUUGAAGACACUUCAGUGUGUAUACAUAUGACCAAACUACCAUGUAACACCAUUUAGUUUUGCUUUUCUUAUGGUCUACAAAUACAAGAUAAACUACAAAUAUGGAAUAUUUUCAGAAUAUAAAAGCAAUUUUUUGGUGCUGAUCAAAUUUGGUGUCUAGUGCCUCAUCAUGCUGCAUUCACAAGGAAUCAGACAGACUGUAGACGACAAACAGGAUAUCAAUUUAAUGGACGAGAGCAGCGUGAUAGGUGAGGCUGGCAAAGAAUACUGGCAACAACAGCAGACAGCAUUGAUGUCCAAAGUUUAAAUAUUUUAACUGUUGUCCUCCACAACAGAAAUUACAAGUGGACGUUACAUAGCUCCCUCAUGAAAGGCAGUGACAUAUGAUGGAUUUACUGUUUCUCAGACUACAAGUAAGACAAAAAUUAGCAAGCGAGCACAGCCUGAUACCCCCUGCCUUACUCCCGGCCACAAGGACACUACUUUCCUGGGAGGAGAGUGAGCAGCAGCUCAGACUUAAGCUGCUGUAGGAACAUGAAUUCAGCCAACUCUAAGGUUCACAGCAAGCCGGUGGCCAGCGGCCUAUCCCAUGUAAUGGCAGCAACAGAAAAUUAGCUGGUCAAAUCCCCGCUGCUCAGUCACGCUCUGGCUGAAUUUUAGUUGCUACAAGGUACUAAAUGAAGAUCCGUCUUUGCCAGGCCGCUGCUGCAAAAUUGCUAAAAUGAAAACAUAGCAUGUGUGGACUCUGUGUUUUGGUGAGUGCCAGCCGUUUAUUGACGUUAGCACACUUCAUUUCUUAGCUCACAUUAGUGCUGUAGCGGAGCUGAAGAGAGUUAAGACACGGGAACGCGCAUAGAUGUCACAUUGUUUGGAUUUUCCUGGAAAAUCUGUCCCGAGUCCUUUACAUAGAAGUCAGUCUUCAGGUUGCUAUGGGCAACAAAGAAAGUCUCGUUUUUUUAAGGUCAAUAAAACCUGUUCACCCAUCAGCAAUAAAAAACAAACAAUACAUAUAAAUAAUUACAUACAGAACCUUUAAUGAUAAUAUUCAGUUUGCAAUAUAAUAUUAACAGAAAAAUAGAAUAAAAUAAUAACGAAAUAAUUUAAUUUAACCUGAUAUAUUUUAUUUCAUUCUUUGUUAACAAUACAUCAUCAUAGCAACAUAUCGUCACGCAUGUUCCGUUUUGUCGUUUAUUCCAUCCAGAAAGGGUUCUCCAUCUGCCUGAAUUCAUGUGAAUGCACCAUCAAUAGUGAAAUCCACAUUUUCUAAUAAUAAUCAUACUUGUGAUAUGGCUUCCAAGGAUACACCUGACUGAUGGUGUCACACUUUAUUACAGGACACUCUGAUACACAUCUGUGAGGCGGUGCUUUCCAUUGAUAUCAUAAAAAGGUCAAGGUCACAUACCAAUCAAAUUCCUUCAUAGGUGAUUGGCUGUCCUCCAGUUAGCUGAUACGAGUUACACCUGGCACAGACAGCACAUCAAAAUACAAAGACACUGUACUAUUUUCCUUUCCUCCAUAUGUUUGUUUGAGGGAUUAUUUUCAGUGUUUUAGUAGUUUGAUAUAAAAACUGUUGGGGAGUUUUAGUGUUUCCCAAGGAUACUUAAUACAUGUUGAUGUGAAUCGCAAUGCUGAACCUAAUCAUAGAAGUGUUUUAUUUUUAUAUGUGAAAUUUUGAUAUGAAUCAAGCUAUUAAAGACAAAACAUGGACCCAAUA